GCUGCUGUUGCGGUGGCGGUUCGGAGUGAGGGUAGCACGUUGAGCUGAAGGCUGUGCGGAGCGGCGCGGCACAGAGCCUGGUGUUGAGCUCAGUAUGUCGUGGGAAUCCGGGGCCGGGCCAGGUCUGGGUUCCCAGGGGAUGGAUCUCGUGUGGAGUGCGUGGUACGGAAAGUGCUUCAAAGGGAAAGGGUCGUUGCCACUCUGGGCCCACGGCAUCGUGGUCGCCUGGCUCAGCAGGGCCGAGUGGGACCAGGUGACCGUUUAUCUGUUCUGUGACGACCAUAAGUUGCAGCGGUACGCGCUUAACCGCAUCACGGUGUGGAGGAGCAGGUCAGGCAACGAACUCCCUCUGGCAGUGGCUUCUACUGCUGACCUGAUACGCUGUAAGCUCUUGGAUGUAACUGGUGGCUUGGGCACUGAUGAACUUAGACUGCUCUAUGGCAUGGCAUUGGUCAGGUUUGUGAAUCUUAUCUCGGAGAGGAAGACAAAGUUUGCCAAGGUCCCCCUCAAGUGUCUGGCUCAAGAGGUAAACAUUCCGGAUUGGAUUGUUGACCUUCGCCAUGAGUUGACCCAUAAGAAAAUGCCCCAUAUAAAUGACUGCCGCAGAGGCUGCUACUUUGUCCUAGAUUGGCUCCAGAAGACCUAUUGGUGCCGCCAACUGGAGAACAGCCUGAGAGAGACCUGGGAGUUGGAGGAGUUCAGGGAAGGGAUAGAGGAAGAGGAUCAAGAGGAAGAUAAGAACAUUGUUGUUGAUGACAUCACAGAACAGAAACCAGAGCCUCAGGAUAAUGGGAAAAGUGCGGAGUCAGAUGUAAAGGCCGAUGGAGACAGCAAAGGCAGCGAAGAGGUGGAUUCUCAUUGCAAAAAGGCCCUGAGUCAUAAAGAGCUAUAUGAAAGAGCCCGAGAACUGCUGGUAUCAUAUGAAGAGGAGCAGUUUACGGUGCUGGAGAAAUUUAGGUAUUUACCUAAGGCCAUUAAGGCGUGGAAUAACCCGUCCCCACGUGUAGAAUGUGUCCUGGCAGAGCUCAAGGGCGUUACAUGCGAGAACAGGGAGGCUGUGCUGGAUGCUUUUCUGGAUGAUGGCUUCCUUGUCCCCACAUUUGAACAGUUGGCAGCUUUGCAGAUAGAGUAUGAAGAUGGUCAGACUGAGGUCCAGAGAGGGGAAGGUACUGACCCAAAGUCACACAAAAACGUGGACUUGAAUGACGUCCUGGUGCCAAAGCCGUUCUCUCAGUUCUGGCAGCCCCUGCUCAGGGGCCUGCACUCCCAGAACUUCACGCAGGCCCUAUUGGAGAGGAUGCUCUCUGAACUGCCAGCCUUGGGGAUCAGCGGGAUCCGGCCUACCUACAUCCUCAGAUGGACCGUUGAACUGAUCGUGGCCAACACCAAGACUGGACGGAAUGCUCGCCGAUUUUCUGCAGGCCAGUGGGAAGCAAGAAGGGGCUGGAGGCUGUUCAACUGCUCCGCCUCCCUUGACUGGCCCCGGAUGGUUGAGUCCUGCUUGGGCUCACCUUGCUGGGCCAGCCCCCAACUCCUUCGGAUCCCGGGUAGCUGAGCUCUGCUGGAGAAAACCACAUAGCCCUGCGGAUUGCUGCCACUGCAGAGGUAUGAUUUUUAAUCUUGGGCGAGGCCUCAGUUCUGCUUGUCUGAACUUUUACUUGUUUUCUGACCACUUUCUCUCCCAUUUCCUCACUAUUCUAAACCCUUACCGCUCACCUCAAGCCCCUCCCCCUCUCCCAUUUCACCCUAGCUUCCUCGAGCACAUGGAGGCAUCCGGCAGGGCCCCCUCGACCUGAGGUCCAGCCCUCGUGAACUGAUCUGCGGCUGCACUCAACCUUCUCGCCAGUCUCAGGAUGAGGUGGCCUUGCCCCACCUCAAAGCCUGCUCCUCCACCUGUGCUCUGGAGCCACCUCUGCCAGCAUCGCUGGGGCCUCACCCCAGCCUCUACCUUGCUCUGCUGGCUCUUGCUCUUCAACCUAGGAACGUGCCUGAGCUUUUCUCAUCUUAAACAAAACAACAGUAACAGCAACACAAGCAAAAUCUCCUUUGACCCUGCAUCCCUCUGUUGGGUUAUCAUCAGCUUAUCAUUCCCACCCUUCCCAUCAAAACAUCUCAAAAGAGUAGUCUACACUCAACACUCUCCAUUUCCUCACUACCCUCUUACUCCUCAACCUGCUGCAAUUUGACAUUCACCCCCAGAGUUGCUUUGACCUCCUAGUUACCAAAUCAGUGGGCCCUUGUCAGUCUCUGUGUCUGCUGCAUUGAUGCUGUUUACCACCCCCUCCUUGAAAAAUGCCUGUGCUUAUUACUAGUUCCUAUAAAGUGCUGAGACCCAAAUCUGUCUAGUUCUGGCCCUUCCCCCAAGAUUCAGCCUCCUGUACUCGACUGCAUGUGAGACAUCUCCCCUUGGAUGGCCCACAGGCACCUUACUGUGACCAAAAGAGAAUUGGUCGUCUUAGUCCCCAUCUCAACUCUAAAGUGGUCUUCCUCCUCUGUUCCCUAUCUCACUUGGUGGCGGCACCAUCUACCCUGUCCUGUUGACUCUCGAAUACUUCCCAAAUCUGAGGUUUUGUGUUGCCGUGUCUACUUCCCCUAGUGUCUCCUUCCCUCUAUCAGACUAAGCUUUUCAAGGGCAAGGACUCUACAUCAGCUGUCUGUGCCCCAGCACACCACACAAGUCUAGGCACCAAACAGGCCUCGGUAAAUGUUGUUGAAUUGAACCAUGCUCUGCUCUCUCAUUCCUAGCAGUGCUGUCCUUGGUGGGAGCUGACCCAGUGCCUGGGGAAUGAAUGAAGUGGGAGUCUGGAUGCCAAGACCCUCUUAGUCCCUGAUCCCCCUAUUGAGUCCAAAAGUCUUUCUUUAACCCUGAUGACAUUUGGGACACAGAGGUAUUUGUAAGAUUUUAAAAGUGGCUUUGUAGACAAAGUCAGUCAAGGCAAGACUUCCAGAAAUUGGGACUGAACAGCCACAUUGCCAGAUGUGUGCUCCAGACCAGAAGUGAUGUUGAUGGGUGGGAAAUUGG